CGGCUUAAGAGAGAAUCUGAACAGGCUGCAUGGGCUCUAGCUAUAGACCGAAAGCUAAACAUGGUGUCUAUAAAUGAGGGCCUAGUUUUGGGCCCUUCUGUCACCCAACAAAACCCUCUCUCCACUAUCUCAUACCUCAAAGGAGCAGCUCAAAUGUACGAAAACAGAGUGGUAGCCUUUGUCGAUGUGAAAUUCCUAGUCGAUGUACAUAUUCGAGCUUUCGAAGAUCAAUCUACGGGUGGACGAUACUUUUGCUUCAACCAAAUUGUUAAUACUGAGCAAGAAGCUAUCAAACUUGCACAAAGCUUGAACCCUGUGAUCUCUUUACCACCAAGGUAUGAAUAUGAAGGAAGUGAGUCCCAUACUGAGAGGUUAAGAACCAAGAAGUUAAACAAGUUGAUCGUCAGAGGAAACUGUCUAUUAAACAUUAUUUGA